GGCGUUUUCGCAAAGCUUUUUUGGAUGCCACCCAAAACCGCACAAAGCUGAGAGCGCACGAAAUCACACAAGAGUUGAGGCGACCACAGACUUGAAUGACCACAUGCACAGCAGUCUAGCUGGAGCGUUCGUAGUGCGUGCAAUUCAUACUAACAACAACUACCAGCUCCACAUUAAAGUUAACAGCACCAAUACCAACCACCGACAAUAGCUACAUACAAACACACACACUCGCAGCAUAAAAGCCAACUGCAACUUCUAUAGCAAAACAAAAACAAACAGGAAGAGGAACAACAAAAGCAAGCAAAAGCCGAAAAUAUGAAUCGCAUCAGUGCUGCUGUCUAUCGCCAUUGGAAUGCUUCGCUAGCGAACAUAGCCCAGGCGCAGACCAGCCGUAGUUGUAGACUCACUGCAGCAGCUUUCGCAAACGCCAAACGUGAAAUGUCGUCGUCAUCGUCGCAAAAUGCCGCUGCGUCGGACAAAUGUCUAUCGCUGGACAAUAUAAAUCCACAAUUUAUUGAAUUGGAGUAUGCGGUGCGUGGUCCACUAGUCAUACGUGCCGGACACAUUGAGAAGGAAUUGCAGCAGGGCGUGAAGAAACCCUUCGAUCAAGUAAUUCGCGCCAACAUUGGUGAUUGCCAUGCCAUGGGACAAAAGCCUAUUACGUUCCUGAGACAGUUGCUGGCGCUUACAUUGGACACAAGCCUCUUCAACUCUCCCGACUACCCCGAAGAUGUGAAGAAGCGCGCACGCAUCAUCUUGGAUGGUUGCCAGGGACAAUCGGUCGGUUCAUACACCGAUUCCGCUGGCAUUGAAGUGAUACGCCGUCAAGUGGCCAAUUUCAUUGAGAAGCGCGAUGGCAUUCCAAGCAACUGGGAGAACAUUUACUUGACUGCUGGUGCCACACCGGGCAUCAAGAGCAUACUGGCGCUGGUACGCGCUAAAGUCGGUGGCAAACGUCCCGGCGUGAUGGUGCCCAUACCACAGUAUCCACUCUACUCGGCCACCAUUUCCGAAUACGCCAUGAACCGCAUCGGUUACUAUCUGAAUGAGGAGCAAAACUGGAGUAUGGAGGUGCCCGAACUGGAACGUGCCUACAAUGAAGCGCGCAAGACGUGCGAACCACGUGCACUGGUCGUCAUCAACCCCGGCAAUCCCACCGGUCAGGUGUUGACACGUGAAAAUAUCGUUGAUGUCAUUAAAUUCGCGCACAAACACAAGCUGCUGCUGCUGGCCGAUGAAGUGUAUCAGGCGAACAUCUACGAUCCCAACUCGAAAUUCUACUCGUUCAAGAGUGUAGCCUACGAGCUGGGUUCACCCUACAGAGAGAUGGAAUUGUGCAGCUUUUUGUCCACAUCCAAGGGUUAUUUGGGUGAAUGUGGCAUACGUGGUGGUUACAUGGAAGUCGUCAAUAUGUGCCCACAAGUACAAGCUAUGCUCACGAAAUCCAUAACCGCUGCACUGUGCAGCACCACUUCCGGGCAGGUGGCGGUGAGCGCUUUGGUUUACCCACCAGAGCAGGGUGAGCCCUCAUACGAGCAGUAUAUUGCUGAAAAGACCGCUGUGCUGAAUGGCCUCAAGGAGCGCGCCGAGUUGGUGUACAAAACCUUCAACAGCUUUGAGGGCUUCAAGGUGAAUGUGGUGCAAGGCGCUAUGUAUGCCUUCCCACAAAUCUUUAUACCCGCAAAAGCGAUUGCGGCAGCUAAGGCGAAGAACAUGUCGCCCGACACUUUCUAUGCAUUCGAAUUGCUGGAAUCAACCGGCAUUUGCAUUGUACCCGGCAGCGGUUUCGGCCAAAAGGAGGGCACAUAUCACUUCCGCACCACAAUACUGCCACAAACUGACAAGCUGAAAAUCAUGUUGGACAAAUUCCAAUCCUUCCACGCUGACUUCAUGAAGAAAUACAACUAAGCUGUAUUUGGCGGUGUUGUCGUGCUAACCCAAGUGAUAUACAGCAAGUGCAUGUAGAAGCGUUACACCAUAAUUACUAUUUGAUGGCGUUGUGUGUUUAGGACGAUUUGCGAUUGUUUUAUUGUGUUAUUUUCAAUUCUUUUUUUUAUAUAUAUAAUAUGAAGUAAUUAGUAAGCGCUUAGACUAAAUUAAAGGCAGAAAAAAUAUUGCUAAAAUAUAUACUAAAACUAAAACGAAUUGCGAAAAUAAUUAUAAAAAUGUGUACUCAUACAUAAUAUACAUACAUGCACACAUACACAUAUAGGUUCGUAAAAAUGUAUUAGUUAAAAGAUUGUUAAUUUUUACAUUGUUGUAGCUAAAGUUUUAGAAGUAAAAUAUUGGAAAACCGAAAAAUAUUUCAUAUACAUACAUAUUUGUAUUGUAAAUUUGCCAAAUUUUGAUUGAGAAAAAGAAGAAAAAAUUAAAUUGCAUAAAAAUUG